AUGGAUCAAAUUGCUGCUGAAAGAAUUUAAGAAUUUGAAUAAAAAUCAGGUAUGAAAAUUUCAGAAUUUAAAACUGAGAAUCCUAUUAAAGAAGAAAUCAGACCUGAAUAUGUAAAUGAUUUGGUCUAUCAAAUUAGAUUGAAAGAUAAAAGAGAAUUUAUAGAUAAAAAAUGGAAGAAACUAGAAAAUAAUUAUAAUAAUAAUAAUAGAAAUGA